CUCAAGGUCAAGAUAUUCCGUAUCGGUAACGGUGGCCGUAACGGUCACCACCAUUACCGAUAUGGGUAUCGGACGUUGCGUAAUGACCGUUACAACCAUCGUAAUGGUUGGAAAUUUUCUUUUGCCCGAAAAAUUCUGAAAAAUAUCUAAAAAAUCCAGAAUAAUGUAAAUAUUACAAAUAUGUUUUUUUUUUUUUUUCCUUGAACAUGUUUAUGGUAGUGUAACGGUCUACUCUUUGGUGAGAAUGUUGUAUCGGGCUAUCUAGUGAAUUUGUGAAUAUGAUUAUAUGUAUAUAAUGUUUACACAUUACAAUCAAGCAUUAAAACUAGAAAUUAGAAAAAAGUCAUAAAUACUACUUUUUUAAUUUUUUGAAAAAAAGGCCAUCGGAGCUUCUAUUCGCUCAAAUAACUUAAAUCUAUGGUUUUAAUCUUGAAAACUAUAGUAAGAGUGGUUGAAAUCUAUUAUAAAAUAAUCUAGGAAAGUUUUUAGAAUAAGAAAAGUGAAGAAGAGAGGAGAAAAAUGGAUUUAAAUAGAAAAUAAAGUGGUCGUUUUUUGACCGUUAUAGGGGUAACAGUCGUUAUGCCCUGUAACAGCCUUUACGAUCACUGUAACGACUGAUACGGUCUCAAAAAACCAAUUGCCUCAUUUCACCCCUGUAUCGUGUAACGGUCAUGGCCGUUACCUAUACGUAUCGGCCUUUAUGGGCAUAUCGUAAUGAAUAUGGAACACCUUGCUCAGGGUGAUCAAUUGUUAUCUUUCCCAGCUAUUCUCGUACUCAAAGAGGAUACAAGUGUUACAAUCUUAUUUCUCGCAAAAGAUGUGUCAGCAGAUGUCACAUUUUUAAAACAAACUUCGUAUUUCUCCAAGGGAGGAAAAUCUUUACAACUUGAAGCGAAUCCCAUUACUACUUUACCUGUUGUACCAAAUGUUUCUAUGGGUAUUUUUGGAGAGAUACCUUUGCAACAUACAAAUAAACCUUUACAAGUUUACUCUAGAUGUUCCAAGCAUGGAGAGGGAGUAUAUUUAGUCAUGCCUUCUUCCAAUCCUCUUGAUCUGUUGACAGAUCUUCACCCUUCAAAGUUUCUCUCUACAUCUCCUAAUGAAGGUAAUUUACCUAUUGCACUUAGUAAGGAAACACAUUCUUAUACACAACAUCCUAUUUCCAACGUUGUUUCAUUUACUGAUUUAUCUCCUUCAUUCCGUCAGUUUGCCUUGUUGUCGUCGUCUAUGUCUAUCUCUCAUUCUUUCCAGGAUUUUCUAAAGUAUGAAAGGUGGAAAGGAGCUAUGGAAGAAGAAAUAGUUGAACUGCAUCAAAAUCAAAAUUCGAUAUUAGUUGAUCUCUUUGCUUGAAAGCAUUUUGUUGGAUGCAGAUGGGUGUAUACAGUAAAGUAUUACCCUGAUGGUUCAGUUGAUCAAUUGAAAGUGCGGUUGGUUGCAAAGGGAUAUUCUCUGUCUUUACGAGUUGACUACUCAGAAAAUCUCCCCAGUUGCAAAUUUCAAUUCAAUACGUGUGAUUGUGUCUAUUGUUGCAUAUUUGGACUGGUCUCUAUAUCAACUUGAUGUAAAAAAAUGUAUAUCUUUAUGGCAAUUUGGUUGAAGAAAUAUAUAUGGAGCAAUUAUCUGGAUUUGUUACUUAGGGGGGAGUUAGACAAGGCAUGUGGCCUUAAAAAAAAUAAAUCAAUCUAUAGUUUGAAACAGUCUCCAAGAGCUUCGUUUGAUAAGUUUAGUGAAGUGGUGCUUGAAUUUGGUAUGAAGCAUAGCCAAGCAGACCAUUAUGUGUUUGUAAGGAAGAGUGAGGCAGGCAGUAUCAUGUUAGUGGUGCAUGUGAAUGAUAUUUUUAUCAUGAGUAGUGAUCGUACAUGACUUGAAAAGUCGAAGAUUUCUUGAGGAAACAUUUUUAUACAGAGGACUUAGGUUGUCUUAGAUACUUCUUAGGCAUUGAAGUUGCAAGGUUUGUGUUGGGAAUUAAUCUGUUACAAUGAAAAUAUGUGAUGGAUCUAUUGGAGGAGACGGGUCUUCUAGGAGCUAAGCUCAUUGAAAGUCCUAUGGAUACAAGUCAGAAGUUGAUUUUGGAAGGAGAAUUGUCUAAUGAUCCAGCCAAAUAUUGCCAUCUGGUGGGAAAAUAAUAUAUUUGACCAUCACUUGACCCGAUACCACAUAAAGUGUGGUCAGCCAGUUCAUGCAAGCUCCUUGAACUCUUCAUAUGGAGGUGGUGUUUCAUAUUCUUAAGUAUUUAAAGGCAGUGCUUGGUCGCCGUAUCCUAUAUAAGGGGAAUGGUCAUCUUUGUGUACGGGGAUAUUCGGAUGCAGAUUAGGCAAGCUCCCCACUUGAUAGGCGUUGACUACUGGCUACUGUAUUUUUAUAGGGGGUAACCUUGUCACUUGGAAUUGUAAAAAAUAAAAAACACUGGUGGCUAGUUCAAUGGUUGAAGCGGAAUAUAGGACUAUGGCUCAUGCAACAUGUGGACUCAUGUGGUUGAAGACAUUAAUGGGCGAACUUGGAUUUGUGGUGGAUGCUCCUAUGAAGCUGUACUGUGAUAAUUGAGCAGCUUUCCACAUUGCCAACAAUCAUGUUUGUCGUGAGAGAACCAAACAUAUUGAGGUCAAUUGUCACUUUAUCAAGGAGAAGCUUACUAGUAUGCUAUUUGUCAAAUCACAGGAUCAACUGGCAGAUAUGUUUACUAAAGCUUAGUCAUCCUCUCCUGGGUUACAUCACUGUCAAGCUGGGCAUUGGUGAUAUAUAUGCUCCAACUUGAGCGAGAGUAUUAUGGACCAUAACUCAGCCCAUUCCUGUGUGUUUAGCUCUCUUUAUUUGGCCUAUUUUACAAAAAGUUCAGUUGUAGGACAUGUUAGUAUUUUUACUUUUGUUACUAAUGACAUUAUUGUAAAUAUUGCACAUGGCCACUUCAAAUAAAACAUAAGUGGGUGGGGGACGUUAUCACGUUGAACGGCCAAUGGUGGACAACAUAAUGGCCUUAUUUUCUUCAGCACAUUGGCAUGAUUGCUCAUGUUUCCUCAAGAAGAAUUAUUUGCUCCUUCACCCAAGGAUAUGAAUAGUUAUAUUUGGUGUCUUUUAUCGCAGUUUGGUACAAGUAGGUCCCACUUUUCAGUGACUGUUGAUUUGAUGGGUCUCACAGUGGACCAACCAUGUAGGCUCCUCAAUCAAAGUGUAAAAAGAAGUACAGGAAUGGACUACAUUCAAUUGAAAAUAAAUGUCAAGGAUUGGAUGUCUAGGGUCUUCCAAAGUGGGAGAUUUUGGAGGUAUGGUUUGUCGGGAGUCGAUCUCAUUAGAUCAAUAGGAUGGAUCAAUCAUCAAUGAAUCAUGGCCUUGUAGAAAUGAAAAUCUGAUGAAACUAUGGAUCAAUCUUCUCUUGUUUGUAAUACAACUAUGCGAGCAUUUGUGAAUGCAUUUGUCACAGAAUCUCUCACUGGAUAGUUGAAAUAUUUAAGCCAAUAAGUUUGUAUUUCUUUGACAUCCUUCAUCAAAGAAAAACCAUGUGCCUUCUUUCGAAUCUGUCCAUUGCUUAGGGUCCUUGAUGUUCUAUCGGAUGACAGUCCUAUGAUUAUU